UUUAAAACACACGGGCGACAACCGAACCUGCGCGAUACCCAUCUCCACUUCUCGAGCAGCCUUCGCGAGCAGAACCUGUUCGGACCAGCCAUCGACACCGCUGCCGAGCUCCAUCUCCGGCCUCAUCUCCGACCUCCAUCUCCGACCUCUCAUCUCCGACCUCGACUACAUUUUUUCCUUUUUUUUUUCCUCCCCCAGACCCCGUGCGCUCUCUGCUUCUCCCUCACUCGUCUACCCCGUUCGGCGCAGCCAUCUCCCCCAGCCCCACGAGUUCGAGCCCCACCAGUCUCUCGGCCAUCUCUCCGACGGAUCGGACCCAAGAGAAUUUGAAUGUUGCAAUGGAUGCCGACAUAGAAUUUUCAAAUAAUGAGUGUGAUGAGGUAGAAAUUGAUAAGGAGAUUGGAGGUGAUGAAACAAUUGAAGAACCUACGGUUGGAAUGCAAUUUUCAUCUGUAGAAGAAGUGCAUGCUUAUUAUAUGAAAUAUGGUAAGAAGAAAGGGUUUGGGGUAUCCAAAAGGAAUAUUAGACAGGAUGACGAUGAGACAGUAAUAUGGUUUUGCUUGGCAUGCGCGCGAGGAGGCACAUCGAAGAGUGCUGUCGCCAAUGUUAUGAAACCAAGACAAACUGUAAAGAUGGGAUGUAAGGCUAGAAUUAAUACAGUAUUAAAUGUUGAAGGUGGAUAUACUAUAUCUAAGGUGAUAUUGGAUCACACCCACGCCUGUAGUUCGGGGAAGGCAAGACAUUUCAGAUGCUUUAAGAAGGUUGAUGCUCGUAUUGCUAAAAGACUUGAAAUAAAUGACGAGGCAGGUAUAAGGUUGUCCAAAAAUUUAAAGUCUUUGGUUGUUGAGGCGAGGCGUUAUGAGAAUGUAACAUUCAAGGAGGAGGAGUGUCGAAACUACAUUGACAAAGUACGACGACUUCGCCUUGGGGUUGGAGGUGGUGUAGCUCUAUGUAACUAUUUCGAAGAUAUGCAAAAAAGAAAUCCGGAGUUUUAUUAUAAAAUUGACGUUGACAAUGAGAUGCGGUUAAAGAAUGUGUUUUGGGCAGACGCCCGGAGUAGAGCUGUGUAUGAAUCAUUCAGGGAUGUGAUUACAUUUGAUACAACAUAUCUCACUAAUGCGUAUAAAAUGCAUUUUCCACCGUUUGUAGGUGUGAACCACCAUGGACAGUCAAUCCUACUCGGUUGCGGAUUGAUAUCCAAUGAAGAUGCAGAUACAUUUGAGUGGUUGUUUCAGUCAGGUUGCAGUGUAUGAAUAACCAACCGCCAAAUGCAAUCAUCACAGACCAAGACAAGGCCAUGAAAAUUGCAAUAUCGAGGGUGUUUCCAACUUCUAGGCAUCGAUUCUGCUUGUGGCAUAUAAUGAAAAAACUUCCUAAGAAAUUUGGCUCACAUUGUCGAUACGAGGAAAUCAAGAGUACCAUACAUAGAUGCGUAUAUGACUCUUUCAGUCAGCAUGAGUUUGAUGAAUAUUGGUGUCGUAUGCUCGAUACAUAUGAUUUGCAUGAGAAUGCAUGAUUAGUAUCACUGUAUAGUGAUCGACAUUAUUGGGUGCCGGCCUAUGUUAGAGACACAUUCUGGGCAGGAAUGUCAACCACACAGCGAAGUGAAGGAAUGAAUGCAUUUUUUGACGA